AUGAAGGAUCGUGAUUUUCACCAUCGUAAAGCCGUGAAAACCAAUUCUGCUUUUCACUGGGCUCGCUAUAGAAAGUUAAGAAAUAGGGUCAAUCGUGAAGUCAAGGCAGCAAAAUCCAAGUAUUAUUGUGACUUGAUUUCAGAGGCUAAAGGGGAUUCAGGAAAGAUCUGGAAGGCGGUGAAUGAGGUGUCUUCGCGCAAGACUAAAUCCUCGAGCCCACAAUGUAUCGUAGUUGAUGGUGUUGAACACACCACCCCAGCCUCUAUUGCAUCCGUGCUCAACUGUUAUUUCUCAUCCAUUGGCAGAAGUCUUGCAAAUAAAAUAUCAGCUGCUGCUAUGUUCCCAGUCAGAUCGGCCACGAUGCUACAGUCUUUCUCGCUUGACGAAGUUGAUGAAAAAACAGUACUCAAGCAUCUGCUUUCUCUAAAGACAAAUAAAGCUAUUGGCUUGGACAACAUCAGUGCGAGACUUUUAAAGUGUGGCGCGCGUGCUAUUUGUCCCUCGAUCACCAAGUUACUGAAUCUCUCUAUUCGCACUGGCAAUUUUCCUGAAAUAUGGAAAUGCUCGAAAGUGGCUGCACUUUUCAAAACUGGAGAUAGGAGAGAUGCGUCAAAUUAUCGCCCAAUUUCUAUUCUGCCAACAAUGAGUAAAAUUCUGGAAAAAAGUCGUCCAUUCCCAAUUCUAUGACUUUCUGAAUUCAAAUAAUCUCCUUUCAAGCAAACAAUUUGGCUUCCGUCCCAAACUGUCUACAACAUCGGCUCUCACCAGUUUUGCAGAUGAGGUCCUAUUGCAUAUGGAGAGUGGAGAACUGUGCGGUGCAGUGUUCCUAGAUCUGACCAAGGCAUUCGAUACCGUUGACCAUACGAUCUUGCUAUCUAAAUUGUCGGCUAUCGGUGUCUCGCCCAGCACUCUACAGUGGUUCAAGUCUUACCUGAAUCAUCGUAAACAGCGGACUGCCUGUAGCGAUGCUGUGUCUGACCCUCUCCCGAUGACCUUUGGGGUGCCACAGGGGAGCAUUCUAGGACCGCUUCUCUUCUUGGUUUAUAUUAAUGACCUUCCGCUGGUUAUAAAGAAUUGCGAAGUGACUUUGUAUGCUGAUGACACGGUCCUGUACUACUUUGCUAAAGAGCCACACCUGUUAGAAGAGGCACUGAAUGAUGAUCUCUUGAAAGUUGCCCAGUGGUUACAUGGAAAUAAGUUAACUUUAAAUCUUACUAAGACGAAAUCCAUGAUUAUAGGCAGUAAUAGGAAACUUGUUGGUAUUUCCUCUUUCACGUUAUCUAUUUUUGACACUGAUAUAAAUUCUGUAAGUAGUUUUAAAUAUUUGGGAGUUAUGUUGUCUUCAACUUUCACAUGGUCCGACCAUAUUGAGUAUAUUUCAUGUAAGGUUAAUAAAAACCUUGGUCUUCUACGUAGGAUUAAGUAUUAUUUACCUUAUGAUGCCCGGUUACUUUUUUAUAAUAGCUUAGUGCUACCUAUUUUUGAUUAUGCUGAUUUAGUCUGGGGUGACAAGGACAAUGUCUCACUUAUGAAGGAAUUGCAAAUUCUCCAAAACAAAGCAGCUAAAUUGAUAUUAGAUAGAUCACCUCACCCUCAUCCACCGAUGCUUUGA